CUGUCACGGAGCGUCUGCUGCGCCACCCGUAUCCACUUCUAGCUCCUUUUACGAGCCGUUUGUUGCACCACCUAUGCUGAUUUUUGGAGAUAAAAACUCUGGAGCUUUUGCAGGAGCUCUUGCCUCACAGCACGCCGUCGAAGCGAUACGUGAGUGCAGCUACGCAGCUGUAUCCCAGAAGCACUCUGCUGGGCUUCUAACCACGACCCGUCGCCCGUAACGCGAGCGACUAGCUGCAGUGCAGCACAGCAUCACUGCACACGGCGCCCGCGGCGACACAGCGGGCACGCCAGUCGCCGCGAGACAGCGGCACACUGCCCAGCAGCACUGCACGCCAGCCGACGCGAGCGUAAGCGAGGACCAGUCAAAUGCCGGACAUCAAGCGCACGCGCAAGGGCCGCCCGGGCCCCAAGGCCCAACGAAGCGCGCUCAUCGUCGCGCGCGGCAAGUCGAGCGGCCGCGACGCCACCGUCCAGCCCAAGCGCAAUACUGUACAACGCGUCAAGAAGGACACGACCACGGUCCUCGAGGCCGGCGACUCCGUCGAGUCGUUUCUGGAACGGGCCAAGCGCGAGACGGAGACGUACGAGACCGCGCGGGGCCUGGAGCAGUCGCGCGCGGUCUUCGUGGACCCCGAGGCGCAGGAGGUCGUGAAGCCCCUGCGCGCACAAGGCGACGCCCUGUUUCGAAGCUUACCGGUGCCCCGGCGGCCCGCGUGGGAUGAGCAAACGUCCAAAGACCAAUUGACGGAGAAGGAGGAGCAGGCCUUUCUCCAGUGGCGGCGCGGCAUCGCCGCCACCGAGGAAGCGGAGCGAUCUAGACGAGAACAGGAGUCUCUGGCCAACUCGGCGUCCGUGGCGACGCCCUUCGAGCGCAAUUUAGAAGUGUGGCGGCAGCUCUGGCGCACGUUAGAGAGGAGCGACUGUGUGUUACUCAUUGUGGACGCGCGGUGGCCGGAUCUGUACGCGCCUCCGGAUUUGGUGGACUACGCCCGCUCCCUCAACAGAGGUGUCCAAGUAGUGGUGAACAAGGCCGACUACCUGUCUCCGUCGCAACGGGAGGUUUGGAGACGGCAUUUCCUCGAUAAGCACGGCCUCGAGACGAUCUUUUUUUCCGCGCGGCGCGAGCAGGCCGAGCUCGACGACGCGGCGAAGGCGGCCGCGGCGGCUGCCGCGGCGGAAGACGGUGGCCUCGCGACGGCCGCGGCGGAAGACGCCAGCGACGCGACGGGCCCGGCAGACGCUGUCGAUGCGACAACGCCAUCAAAUACCGACGGCCUCGCGUCGCGCCACGACCUGCUCAACCAGGCCGAGCAGUUGGCGCGGACGUGCCGUUUGAAUAGGACGGACGAUUGUGAAGGAAGGCCUUUGUGUGUCGGUAUGGUGGGCUAUCCAAAUGUCGGCAAGAGCUCCUGCGUCAAUGUUUUGAGGAACGCGUCGAAGGACAAGCAUGGGGUUGGGGCUAGAGCUGCGGUGUCGGCGACGCCCGGGAAGACCAAGCAUCUGCAGACGUUAUUGGUGCGACCAGGUUUGGAAUUAUGUGAUUGUCCUGGGUUGGUGUUUCCGGCACUCGUGACGCACGGCGCCGCCGAGUUGCUUUGUGCUGGUGUUGUCCCAAUUGCCAGAAUGAGGGACCCGACGGCGCCUGCUUCAUUAGUCGCCGCGCGGACGCCGCGGGCGCUCUUCGACGCGCUGUACGGGACCCACUUAUCAUCGAAUCAGGGUCCAUUGACGGCGAACGAGGCGCUCGAGGAGGUGUGUCGGGCGCGCGAUUAUACGUGUGGCGGCUCCAAUGCUCUAGAUUUAGGAAGAGCGGGGCGGCUGAUUGUGAAGGCGUACGUCGACGGCGACCUGCUCUACUGCCACGCGCCGCCGUUGGUGACGGGCGCCGAGUUGGAAGCGUUCCGGGCGGACACGCGUGCUACCGCGUUGGCUUCCGCUUCGGUGCGAAGCAAGGUCGACGACGCGAUCAAGCGCGCCGAGCGCGGGGGCCACCACCACGCGCGCGUGCUGCAGUCGCUCGGCGCGGCGGGCUUUUCGAUCUCCGACGCGCCGCCGCCGCCUCCAGUGGCACCGGUCGCGUCGCCGCCGCGGCGGAAGAAGGACGUUUCCAAUAGAUCGAACCACAAGCACGGGAAGAAGGGCCGCAAGCAGCGCGACAAGGACCCGUACGGGAACUACGUUGUGGAUGACGACCUGAACUUCUAAUGACACUUGUACUA